AUGGAGACCAUUUGCGAGGUCAACAAAGCACGUCGCAUCAAGAAAGACAUUGGAUGUCUCAAGCACAAGUUCUCCCCGCCUACCGGCAUCAAGAACUGUCGCAUCAAGUCCAGAACGAUAUACUCCAAGGUUGGCUUUAUUUCUGAGAGUGAACUUCAGCACUACACAGAGUGCACAGGCAAGGCCCUGAAGCUGACUCCUGUGCAGUUGCCUCUUGAAGACCGACCAGAGACUUUGACUGGAUAUGUGAUCAGCUUGAAGGAUCUUCCUCCAGAGCUAAAAGAUACCAUCAGGAAGAUCAAAACUGCCUAUGAGGUGAACGUGACACAAGAGGAGCGCAGGUUGGACCCUGAGAAUCAGAUCAAAGAAGACCAGGGCUCCAUCUUGUUUGACUUCUUCGCGGACCUUCAAACGAGAAGCGCUGCGGACAUGGCAAAGACAAUCAACAGGAGCAAGGUUCCAACUUUGACCGGGCUGAAGGAAAAGGCUGAGAAGAUCCGGGCAGUUGCCAGGCUGUGUUAA